AUGCCACCGCCAAACCUCUCCCGUGUCACCCCUCUCAUCCCGGCGGCGGGCGCCAACCUGGCCCGUACACGACUUUCACUUCAUCCACCGGCGAUGGCGCUUUGCAUCCAACAGAAACGCAAUGCUUCAUUUUCCGGUAAGCCCGACCCGGAGGACAUGGGUGGCCCCGCCGGCCAGGAGAGUUUCCCCGCGAGCUCCGGCAAGCGAAGGAGAAUCGAGAAGAUUACCCUCUACGGCGUACUCGGCGCGUGCUCCAUCAUGUUGAUUGCCAAGCUGGCGCAGCGGAAUUCGGAUCCCAACGCGAAUUACGUAUUGGUACAUGAUUCGACGAAAGGAGAACUUGACGAUGUCAAGUACAUCAAGGCUCCUGAAGUGCCCAAGCCCUAA